GUGGGGCACCGAGGAGACAGAGCUCGGCGCUUGGUCUGGGCUUUGGGGGGGAGGCGGUGGCAGCUGAGAGGGAGGAGAAGGAGGAGGAGCGGGGCCAGCAGGAGGCAGCGGCAGCUACCGGGCUGGGGUGAUGGUGCAGGUGCCCGGGGUCGGCGCGGAGCUGCCGGGCUGAGGGGCGCCUGGUCCAGGGUCCGCAGCGCCGCCGCGUCGCUCUCGGGGGCGGGCGGGCGGGAAGAUGCUGAGCAGGUUGAUGAGCGGCAGCAGCAGGAGCCUGGAGCGCGAGUACAGCUGCACCGUGCGGCUGCUGGACGACAGCGAGUACACCUGCACCAUUCAGAGAGAUGCCAAAGGCCAGUACCUGUUUGACCUUCUGUGCCACCACCUGAACCUACUUGAGAAAGACUAUUUUGGGAUCCGCUUUGUAGACCCAGAUAAGCAGCGGCAUUGGUUGGAGUUUACAAAGUCCGUGGUGAAGCAAUUGCGAUCCCAGCCUCCAUUCACCAUGUGCUUCCGUGUGAAGUUUUACCCUGCAGACCCUGCUGCUCUGAAAGAAGAAAUAACCAGGUAUUUAGUCUUCCUACAGAUCAAAAGAGAUCUCUACCAUGGCCGCCUCCUCUGUAAAACGUCUGAUGCUGCCUUGUUAGCAGCUUAUAUCCUUCAAGCGGAGAUUGGGGAUUAUGACUCAGGGAAACACCCUGAAGGCUACAGCUCCAAGUUCCAGUUUUUCCCUAAACAUUCAGAGAAGCUAGAAAGGAAAAUCGCUGAGAUUCACAGGACAGAACUCAGUGGUCAAACACCAGCAACAUCAGAGCUGAACUUCUUAAGGAAAGCGCAGACUUUGGAAACUUACGGAGUGGAUCCUCACCCAUGUAAGGAUGUGUCAGGAAAUGCUGCAUUUCUGGCCUUCACUCCUUUUGGGUUUGUUGUUCUUCAAGGAAACAAGAGGGUCCACUUCAUUAAAUGGAAUGAGGUGACCAAGCUGAAAUUUGAAGGAAAGACUUUCUAUUUAUAUGUAAGUCAGAAAGAGGAAAAGAAAAUUAUUCUUUCAUAUUUUGCUCCAACUCCAGAAGCCUGCAAGCACCUCUGGAAAUGUGGAAUUGAGAACCAAGCCUUCUACAAGCUGGAGAAGUCAAGCCAAGUCCGCACAGUGUCCAGCAGCAAUUUAUUCUUUAAAGGGAGCCGGUUCCGAUACAGCGGCCGAGUUGCAAAGGAAGUAAUGGAGUCAAGUGCCAAGAUCAAGCGGGAGCCACCAGAAAUACACAGAGCAGGGAUGGUUCCCAGCCGGAGUUGUCCCUCCAUAACCCAUGGCCCAAGGCUAAGCAGUGUCCCCAGGACCCGCAGAAGAGCUGUUCACAUCUCCAUCAUGGAAGGCCUCGAGUCUCUACGGGACAGUGCCCAUUCCACCCCGGUACGUUCCUCUUCCCACGGGGACACCUUCCUGCCUCAUGUGAGGAGCAGUCGGGCAGACAGCAAUGAGCGAGUAGCUGUGAUUGCGGAUGAGGCCUACAGCCCUGCGGACAGCAUGCUGCCCACCCCCGUGGCCGAGCACAGCCUGGAGCUGAUGCUACUUUCCCGGCAGAUCAACGGAGCCACCUGCAGCAUCGAGGAGGAGAAGGAGUCUGACGCCAGCACCCCAAAUGCUGCAGAAGUGGAGGCCCUUGGGGGAGAGCUGAGGGCCCUGUGUCAGGGGCACGGCAGGCCAGAGGAGGAACAGGUGAAUAAGUUUGUUUUAAGUGUCCUCCGUUUGCUCCUUGUGACCAUGGGACUCCUCUUUGUUUUGCUCCUUCUCCUGAUCAUCCUUACCGAGUCUGACCUUGACAUUGCCUUUUUCCGAGAUAUCCGCCAGACCCCCGAGUUUGAACAAUUCCACUAUCAAUACUUUUGUCCCCUCAGGCGAUGGUUUGCCUGCAAAAUCCGCUCAGUGGUGAGCCUGCUCAUUGACACCUGAGAAGGCAUGACUCCUCCCAAUAACUAGCCAGGUGGACCAAGGAGCCCGGCUACCCAUUCCCAGCAAUGGGACCCAUCGCGGAACCAUCGGCACAUAUACCAAGUCCUCCUCUCAUGACAAAAAUUACACUGCAGCCUAGGAGGGUUGUUUCCCAGAAGAAGAAAGGGAUAGGCUCAUGCCCUGUCUAAACAAACUGGGAAAACUCAUUUUCUUCAGAGGUUCUUUCAAGAAAGGCUCAGCGACUCUUGUUUCUCAUCCUUCUGAUUUGCAGGAUAAUUUUUGGUUUUGAAUUUUGAUUUUUGAUAGAUGUGUAUUAUUUUGAAAGUAUCAAAUAAAAUAAUUUAUUUUACUAUUACUGAUUAUUGUAGUAGUGUCACCUAGCUGAUGGGACACUAGUUGAAGACUAGCAAGCCGCUGUCCUCUGUAUUCUGCAGGAGCUUUCCUACUGGUGCUGCUGGCUUCCAGUAGAGUCAUCACUGCAGCCUCGGCGGGGCAGGCCAGGGGUCUGGACAAUGGGGACUGUUUAGGUUUUCUUGCCAGACAGACUUUUAAAAAAGUAAACAUCCAUGUAGAAUGAUUAAAUGGAAAGUUGCUUCUUAUGAUGGUCUGAGUUGGAUUUUCUUUUCCUUUUGUUUUUUCAAAUCUGAGCAGAGUGGGCAUCUGAAGGGACCACCGCUACAGCAGCAGCAGCAGCAGGGGUGGGGUAAGUCUGUCCCCUUAGACUAGAGCCUAGUGGGCAUCACCUUAGUUUUGUAUAAUGAACUUAGACUUCUGUGAUUUUUUUCCUGAAGAACCUCAAGACUUUUUAUAGUGCUCCAGGGACGUUAAGUGAAUUCAGUGGUGCCAGAGAGACAGUAUUGUCAGAAGUGUUGGACAAAGUAUAGCUAACAGAAACCAGAGCUAAGUUACCUGAGAGACUGUUGAGAUUCAGAGAGCAGUGCUUAUUUUGUACACAACCUCCCCCCAGACUAUUUCAAUUUAUAUUUUAACAACAAAAUGUUAUUUUCUUAUCAAUUCAUAUUUUAUUUUUUACUUUACGGAUUAAGAAAAUAGAACCUGAUGAACUAAACGAUGCAAGAAAGAAACUGAUCCUGAGAACGAAAAGCUUCAGAAAAUAGAAUUCCAAGAUCAACAAAGCAGCCUUAGAAGGGACCAGGAAAAGAAUCUCUUUAAAUAGGAUUUCUAAGAGAUGCCUACAAAAGACAGAAGGUGAAUGUGGCAGAGACCAACACUUAGAUGUAGAAAUGCUGCCCCCUAAGGUCAUCCUCUGCAUCAGGAAAAUAAGUUCUAGAAAAGCAUCUGCCAUCCUUGCUGAGGGAAGCCCUGGAAGCACGCAGAAGCACAGGCACAUGAAGGGUGAGUGUGCUCCUGGGCCUGAGCUCUUCAACUUUUAAAACCAAUGACACACAAGAUCUUGUUUUCAUCUCAGGGAGAGAUUUCUAAGUCAUCUGGGGCCUGAAGGUUUAUUUAAGGAUGAUCAAUGGACAUAUUCCUGGAACCUACACAAUAGUGAAGCAGCUGCUGACACCCUGUGACACCCUAUGAUGUUGGACAGCCCAUAAGCAGAACAGAAUAAGUCAUUUGUAGAUUUGAUCUCCCCUAUUUCAUCUCCCGAGAUGGUAGAGCCAUGUCCAUGUUUGGAAUAUAACAGCUGUGAAAUAAUUGGGUGUUUUGUUUGGAGGGGAGGGGUUGCAAAUUUUAAAGAAGGACACCCUGUCAUCUAGACCAGAGGUUGGCAAACUCCUGUAAAGUGCCAGACAGUAAAUAAUUUGGUUUUGUGGGCCAUAUUCAGUCACAACUACUCAACUCUGCCAUCAUAGCACAAAAACAGCCAGAUAAUACAUAAAUGAAGUAGCAUGGCUGUGUUCCAAUAAUACUUUGUAAAAAUAGACAGUGAGCUGAAUUUGGCCCACAGGCCAUAAAUACGCCAACCCUGAUCUAGAUAAUAAAACUGAUCCUUACCAGUAUGUUAGCAGAAGAGAGUCAGCUGUGCUCCCAUCCUAACGUGUGUCAAAGAUCUGGGACCAUUUCCCAGAGGAGGCACUGGGAUUGCUUGCUUAAAGGGUGCUCGAAUAACCAACCAGCAAAGAGAUGUCUGAUGCCAAGAUGAACAAGAUCAAACACUGGAAUGCUAAAACGCAGCUGGAAUCUAAGAAUGGAAGAGGGCCUCUCUGACCAUUUCCAAACCAGCAAGAAUUUGGGCAGAAUUACAAAUAUCUAUUUACCAAGUGACAAAACAAACUGAAGGAUAUCCUAGUAAAGAUUAGUGAUCACUUGAAACCAACUAGCCACUGCCACUUGUCAUCUAUAUAGCAAAGGCUUUAUUUAGCACAGGACUAAAAUGAAAAGUAGACCCACUAAAAUGAAAAGUAGGCUGUCAGGAGACAGGGGGCUGGUAUUAACCUGGAUAUUUACUGUCUUAUGCAACAUAGCAGAUUACCUUUUAGUGUAGUGCUCCUACCUCAGUCUGUAGAAUAAUGGUGUUUCUAUGCAGUGAGUGAUAGCCUCGACUCUGACCUUUCAUAUUCACAUUAAAGACAAAUGCAGUAUUCCAUUUCUGGUAUGUUACUUGUGUCUAGAGUUCUAACAGUACAAUAGUCCAUACCAUUUCCAACAGCUGAAUUUUGCUCUCUGAACAGAAACUUUCGGGUUGUUUUUUUCCAGGGCUUGUCCCAGAGAAUAUGGAUAGGAAAGUUUCCUUCCAUCUGGCUUUUCAAAUAGUGCUUGAAUAACAAACCUCCUUUGUUGGUGACUGGUCUUUUUAGCAUCUCCCCAUCAUUAAAAUUUGUUCAAGUUUUUAACCUGGUUUUACUGUGUUCUACUAUGUCUCUCAUUUUCUCUCAAAAUUAGUUUUAGUUCAUUGUAGAAAAACCAAUGGUUUCCAUAGCUUCAUCUACCAGAGGAAAUAAAAUUCUUACUAAAGAAUAGUUGUGCUGCAUCUUUUAAGCAGUAGAGGGUAAACUACCUGCAAAUGUGAAUUUCUUAGUUUCAUUUAAAAAUAUAUAGUUGUUAACCUUUCGUGUGCCAAAAACUCUAAGUUACAUUUUCCUUCAAAGCAAUGUACUCUUUUCUACAUAUGCAGUAUGUAGUUAGCAUAAAAUCAUUGGUGCCAUGAAGAUUAUUUUUAAACUUAAAUAAAUAUUUAAAUAUCA